AUGGGCAAAGUGCUGUCCCGCUGGCGGAACCGGCACAGGCCAGCUUUUGUGGCCUGUGCUGGCCGGGUGCGAAUGCGGACUGGAGCGGGAUCUCGGCUUGAGCAGCCCCGGGAGGCAAGAUCCCGGCCCAUGCGCGGCGCUGAUGUCCUGCCACUGAGCUGCCCGGGCGCAGCGGAACCCAGCAAAGUGCGCGAGGAGGCGACGCCUCUGCAGCAGCCGCCUUCUCGGCUGGGCCUGGAGCCGAGGGGGCGAUCGAAGCUGGCCAACGAGACCCACCCCCGCCCAGGAGAUGCCGAGUCUCCCGCUCCGCUGCUGGACAGAGAGUCCCUCCAGUUACCCGAAGGUUUGUCGGUGCUGCAGACGCUGCACGGGGAAGUUCUGCAGCUGGGGGUGUUCUGCACCCACCUCAUCCCCAGGGGCGUCCGCUUCGGCCCUUUCCAGGGGAAAGUGGUCAACACCAGCGAGAUCAAGAUUUACGAUGACAAUUCCUUGAUGUGGGAGAUUUUCGAAGAUGGUCGCUUGAGCCAUUUUAUAGAUGGGAAAGGAGCCUCGGGAAACUGGAUGUCCUUAGUAAACUGCGCCCGAUUCCCAGAGGAGCAGAAUUUGACAGCUAUUCAGUGCCAAGGCCAAAUAUUUUACGAAAGCUGCAAAGAAAUCUUACCCAACCAGGAGCUGCUGGUGUGGUAUGGAGACUGUUAUCUGCAGUUCCUGGGCAUCCCCAUCAGUCUGAAAGGGGCGACGGAAGGAAAGGGAUCCCAGCAACAGCCAGAAGAAUCUGGGGAGAGUUACAAAUGCGAGAGAUGUGGCAAGGUAUUUGCCUACAAAUACUACAGAGACAAACAUCUGAAAUACACUCGCUGCGUAGAUCAAGGAGACAGAAAAUUUCCUUGCCAUCUUUGCAACCGAUCCUUUGAAAAGAGAGACAGACUGAGGAUCCAUAUUCUGCAUGUCCAUGAGAAACACAGACCUCACAAGUGCUCAGUAUGUGGGAAGAGUUUUUCACAGUCCUCCAGCCUGAACAAACACAUGAGGGUGCACUCUGGAGAGCGUCCCUACAAAUGUGUGUACUGUAACAAGGCAUUCACAGCCUCCAGCAUCCUGCGCACUCACAUCCGACAGCACUCGGGAGAGAAGCCUUUCAAGUGUAGACACUGUGGCAAAGCCUUUGCCUCCCAUGCGGCCCAUGACAGCCACGUGCGGCGCACACACAACAAGGACAAAGGCUGCACUUGUACCGUGUGUGGCAAGAACUUCCUGGAGCAGGAGGAAUUCCGAUUCCAUAUGAAGUUCCACGCCGCUCUUUAGCCAGCAGCCCUGCGUUUGGAGCUGCAUGUAGCUGUGUGGGUGUGUUUGGUGUGUACGUUUCAGAAGAUAAAAUUCACCCUUGUGCUGGAGAAGAGCCCAGGGCCUAGGCAUCAUUUACAUCCCCUCAUGGAUGGCUUGAGUGGUCUCUUGGCCUUGUGCUGGGACUUCCACAGGGGUGUCCCCGCCGAUAAAUGUCUUAUGUGAGCGUGACCAUGAACGUUUUUGUGCUUCCAAUGUGAUGUCUCCAUGGACUGUCCAGAAUGAUGUACAGAAACUCCUUUGGCUGUGUUGUUACCAGGUGUGUUUUGUAA